AGACGUCUGUCAUUCCAACUCGCGCCCCUCCUUGUGUUGAGCUCGACGUCUACCUAACGCGACAGGGCCUUUUUCGUGUCUCAUUCUCGGAGCUCACUCUAAAACUCUUGCUCUUCAGCGUUCUAAGAAAAACCACUUUUAUCUUCUCCACGUAGUUCUGUUUAGGCGUUCUCCGAAAUCUCAUCAUGUGUGACGACGAUAUCGCCGCUCUUGUCAUCGACAAUGGCUCCGGCAUGUGCAAGGCAGGUUUUGCCGGGGACGACGCUCCCAGGGCCGUGUUCCCCUCCAUCGUGGGCAGGCCACGUCAUCAGGGUGUGAUGGUUGGUAUGGGCCAGAAGGACAGCUAUGUCGGAGACGAGGCUCAGUCCAAGAGAGGUAUCCUCACUCUCAAAUACCCUAUUGAGCACGGUAUUGUCACCAACUGGGACGACAUGGAGAAGAUCUGGCAUCACACCUUCUACAAUGAGCUGCGUGUUGCCCCUGAAGAGCACCCUGUCCUUCUUACAGAGGCUCCCCUCAACCCCAAAGCCAACAGAGAGAAGAUGACACAGAUUAUGUUCGAAACCUUCAACUCACCAGCCAUGUACGUGGCUAUUCAGGCUGUCCUGUCCCUGUACGCUUCUGGUCGUACCACAGGUAUUGUGUUGGACUCUGGUGAUGGUGUCACCCACACUGUCCCCAUCUACGAGGGUUAUGCCCUUCCCCACGCCAUCAUGAGAUUGGAUCUCGCUGGCCGUGAUCUCACCGACUACCUCAUGAAGAUCCUGACCGAGAGGGGUUACAGCUUCACCACCACUGCCGAAAGAGAAAUCGUCCGUGACAUCAAGGAGAAGCUGUGCUACGUCGCCCUUGACUUCGAGCAGGAGAUGCAGACCGCUGCCUCAUCCUCUUCCCUGGAGAAGAGCUAUGAGCUUCCCGACGGCCAAGUCAUCACAAUUGGUAACGAGCGUUUCAGGUGUCCCGAGGCCAUGUUCCAGCCAUCCUUCCUGGGUAUGGAAUCUGCUGGUGUCCACGAGACCACUUACAACUCCAUCAUGAAGUGCGACGUGGACAUCCGUAAGGACCUCUACGCCAACACUGUCCUCUCAGGAGGAUCCACCAUGUACCCUGGUAUUGCUGACCGCAUGCAGAAGGAGAUCACAGCUCUCGCUCCUCCCACAAUGAAGAUCAAGAUCAUUGCCCCACCAGAGAGGAAAUACUCCGUAUGGAUCGGUGGCUCCAUCCUUGCCUCCCUGUCCACCUUCCAACAGAUGUGGAUCUCCAAGCAAGAGUACGAUGAGUCCGGCCCGGCCAUUGUGCACAGAAAAUGUUUCUAGUUUAUAUUCUGCAAGGAGCAGUCUGUCCCAUGUUUUAGAGCAUAGGGCAAACUAUUUUAACUAUGCGCUAUAUUUCCUUAGCUAUGUCCACUUUUACGAACAUGUUGUCCAUUUCUGGUCUAUAUUUUACCUGGAGAUAUCUUCGAACAAUUAAUUAUUGCUGGACAUCUUUUCCUCUGGCAUCAACGACAGACGGACAACGUAGCAAUGUAUUGGCUGGCCGACAAGUUACUCAUCAGAUGAAAAAUGUUUAUCAUUAGUAAAGGGCCCCAGCAAACAUUCAUAGUAAGCCAAUCACUACACAUGCAAGUGAAAUGAAACAUCUAGAAGAAACGUUCUCCUUUGAUGUCGGGCUUUUCGGCCCCUGUACAGGACGCUGUAUUUGUGAAUUCAACAUUGACUGCCAUCUACUUUACUGCCUGGGGAGUGCUACGAACUUCUACUUUUUGUUUUGCUUUGUUGAAAGCUGCUGUGUUCUACCUAUUAAAAAAACCCUUUCUGAU